AUGACUUCAACUUUAGUAACACCUGGCCAGCGUAUUGGCUCAGCACAAGAGUUUAAAGCUGGACCAGGGACAUACACUCGCGGAAACUUUAUACAUGCUAGUUUAUUUGGACAAAAAACUUUGGCGCAGCCUCAAGCUUCGGAGGAGGGGCAGCUGCCAACUUUAUCCGUAGUAAGAGAGAAGCAACGAUGGGCCGUUCCGCAAAUAACAGGAAAAGUCAUAAGAAUAACAACAAAAGAAGCCGUUGUUUCAAUAAUGGUGGUUGAUGUUCGCGCUACCGAAAAAGAUAAAGUCAAGAUCUACAACUCAUUUCGGCCUGGUGACAUUAUAAGAGCUGAAGUUAUUUCAUUAGGAGAUGCGCGAUCCUACUAUCUAUCGACCGCAAAAAACGAGUUAGGGGUGAUUUAUGCUCAAAGUGUUGCAGGUGAAGCCAUGAUACCCAUAUCUUGGAAAGAAAUGCAGUGUCCAAAAACCAAGGCAAUAGAACUUCGAAAAUGCGCGAAGCCUCUUUCAUAA